AUGGCACAGUUUACAUGUGACGAGGACCAUGUCCUGCAAGGCUCCAAAACCAUCAUAUGUCAGAGAGUGGCGGAGGUGUUCGCCGCCUGGAGCGACCACAGGCCCGUGUGCAAGGUCCCUUGUUUCUCCAACUUCACCGCUCCCAUGGGCACAGUGCUGUCUCCGGAUUACCCAGAAGGCUAUGGGAAUAACCUGAACUGUGUGUGGCUGAUCAUCUCGGAGCCAGGGUCCAGAAUACACCUGGCUUUCAACGACUUUGACUUGGAGCCUCCCUACGACUUCCUCACGAUCAAAGAUGGAGACCAGAGCGGGGCCACCAUGUUGGGACGCUUCUCUGGGGCCGAAGUGCCGUCCCACCUCACGUCCAACAGUAACGUGUUGCAGCUGGAGUUCCAGGCCGACCACUCCAUGUCAGGCAGAGGGUUCAACAUCACCUACAGCACGUUUGGUCGUAACGAGUGCCCUGACCCCGGAGUGCCUCUGAACGCCCGGCGGUUUGGGGACAGUUUCCAGCUGGGCAGCUCCAUCUCAGUGGUGUGUGAUGAGGGCUUCAUCAAGACACAGGGUGCCGACACCAUCACCUGCCAUCUGGAGGACGGCAAAGUGAUGUGGAGCGGCCUCAUACCCAAAUGUGAAGCUCCCUGUGGGGGCCACUACUCCGGGCCGUCCGGAGUGAUCCUGUCCCCUGGGUGGCCAGGAUACUACAAAGACUCCCUGAGCUGUGAGUGGGUCAUCGAGGCUGAGCUGGGACGCUCCAUCAAGAUCAGCUUUGACAGGUUUCAGACUGAGCUCAGCUAUGAUUUUUUGGAGGUGCACGACGGCCCAAACCUCCUCUCCCCUUUGAUCGGCUCCUUCAAUGGAACACAAGUCCCUCAGUUUCUGUUCAGCAGCAGCAACUAUCUGUAUCUGCUGUUCACCACUGACAACAGUCGAUCCAACAGUGGAUUCAAGAUCUUCUAUGAAGCAUCAUGUGGGGGCGAUAUCAGAGGACCCGGAGGCAUCAUUUUGUCACCAGGCUUCCCAGAAUUGUAUCCGAACUCCCUUAACUGCACAUGGACCGUGGAAGUCAGUCAUGGGAAAGUUUUGGUUGGCACACAGGCUCUAAGUUUGGAAUUGGGGAUUCGCUGGCAUUCUCCUGUAAUGCGGGUUAUCGACUCCAAGGCGCAAGGAGCAUUGUGUGUUUGGGGGGAGGGCGCCGCACGUGGAGCUCGCCGCUGCCAAGAUGUGUGGGUAGCCGAGUGUGGGGGGAGCUUCAAGGGUGAGUCAACAGGAAGGAUCCUCUCUCCUGGGUAUCCAUUUCCAUAUGACAACAACCUCCGGUGCACCUGGACAAUAGAGGUUGCAUCUGGAAACAUCGUCAGUCUGCAGUUUCUGGCCUUUGACACAGAAGCGUCCCAUGACAUCCUGAAGGUGUGGGACGGACCUCCAGAGAACGAGAUGCUGCUGAAGGAGGUGAGCGGCUCGCUGCUGCCCGAAGGCAUUCACUCCACCCUCAACGUGGUCACCAUCCAGUUUGAGACCGACUUCUACAUCACCAAGUCGGCCUUUGCCAUAGAUUUCUCCACCCCGUGUGGAGGACACUUCACUGGCUCAGAGGGAACGGUGCUGUCCCCAAACUACCCCCACAACUACACCAGGGGCCAGUCCUGCGUCUAUGACAUUUUUGUCCCUGGAGAUUUUGUGCUGUUUGGACAGUUUGUGUUUUUCCAGACCUUGGCGACUGAUGUGGUGGAAAUCUAUGAUGGCUCCUCCACUGAGGCUGCCCUUCUUUCCUCUAUCUAUGGAUCUCACUCAGCUGUCCCCAGGACCAGUUCCACACAGUGCAACUCAGUUCCCGAGCCGCGGUUUGGGAAGCGGAUUGGGAAUGACUUUGGCACAGGCAUGGCGGUGCUCUUUGAGUGUAAUCCAGGCUACACGCUGCACGGGGCCACUGCCAUCAGGUGUGAGGCCGUGCCCAAUGCUUUGGCCCAGUGGAACGGCACUGUGCCCACAUGUGUCGUGCCUUGUGGUGGUGUUCUGGCUGGUCGCAGAGGCACCAUCCUCUCUCCAGGAUAUCCAGAGACCUACGCAAACUAUCUCAACUGUGCUUGGAAAAUCACAGUUCCAGAAGGAGCUGGUAUUCAAGGGAAUGCGUACAUCACUUGCAUGCCCGGCCCAGUGAGAAGGUGGAACUAUCCCGUGCCACUCUGUUUAGCUCUCUGUGGAGGUAAUAUAACAUCCAUGAAUGGGACCAUCUACUCCCCCGGACACCCUGCAGAGUACCCCCACUUCCAGGACUGCAUGUGGACAGUCCGCGUGCCCCCUGGAUAUGGCAUCUACAUCAACUUCUCUGUUAUCAACACAGAGCCUAUUUACGACUACAUCAUGGUGUGGAGCAUCAGGUUGGUUGUGGGCGACAGCAGUUCAGUUUAA